GUUUACACAAAGGAUGUGACAGCUAUUUGUUGAGUAAACAGAAAAAUUAUUUUCAUUUUACAGUCGUUUUUUUUUUACUUCAGACAGAUAAUAUUGCGGUUUUACGAAAAAUGGAAUCAAGUUUAAGUAAAUUCUUGAACAUGAACAGACAGCAGCUUAGUGGUCAAUUGUACAAGUACACUAAUGUAGUUAAAGGAUGGCAAUACCGAUGGUUCAUAGUGGAUGCACAAGCUGGAUUGCUCAGUUACUAUUUGUGUGAACCGUCGAACGAUGACUCAAAUCCACUUAUCAUUGGAAACUCCCCUCGAGGCCAGGUGCAUCUGGCUGGUGCAGUAAUAUGUCCAAGCGACGAGGACUCCAAAACAUUUACAGUCAACUGUGCAUCAGGAGAUAUGCUGAAGCUCCGGGCGGGAGAUGCCCGAGCGCGUCAGGAAUGGGUUGACGGGUUGCGGGCCAUCGUCGAAAGCCACUCCAAUGCGGCCGCUUCAUUGCCGCCGCGGGAUCAAUUGGCUGCUCACGACGCUUUCGGUGCUGCCCGGCAACAGAUGCAGCAAACCGAACUGAGCAAUGCGGCCCUGGCGCGGGCCAUCGAGAAUGUGACCAGCCCGUUGGCCCACACCGAUCCGGACUUGCUGAUGUUGAAGGCGGUUUCGGCAGCUAGCACGCAGAGUUUGCUGCAGUGCUUCGGGCUGCUUCAGAGGCAUAGCGAACUGGCGGACACUAGAGGGGAACCUACUUUUUAAGCUUUUAAAACGCGUUUAAAUUCCUUAUAUUAAUCAUACAAGAGGAUGCUUUUAAUUUCAACCUUUCCUUUCGAUGUUGCACAUAGAAUGUUGCAUAUUAUAAUCCAAACAAGAAUUGUUAAUGAUUUUAAUAACAGUUGAUAAUAUCGUUUCCAACAAUCAUGCUUCAUUCGGUACGCAUCGCUCAGCGGAGGGGCAGAUGCCGUGUCGUGUGGCAUCAAGUCGUUUGGCAAAAUAGUCAUUUCUAGGCAUUAUUCUGAAUAAAAGACAUAUGAAGCUGAA